GGUAGUUGGUCUCAGGUGCGCGUGAGCGCCGAUUCGAGUCGAAUGAGUGCACCGUUUCAAGAUUUAAUUUUUUUUUGGGGACUGUGGUACCUUUAUGAAUGAAAAAUUCGUCGAAAUGCAAUAGUCGAGUAGACGCUGAGGUUACGGUUUAUUAAAUAGCCAUGGUGGACUGCAUUUGAAUCACCUAUACGGAAUUACCACAGGUGAGCAGGUGGACAGCUAAUCGGCCAUGCGACCAUCAGGAUGGAAUUGGAUUCACGUCCUCACUCUAUCGGUAAUAGCAUCGGCAGGAGCUGUUACCUUUGAGGAAGGUCCCGUUGGAAAUCAUGAUAUUACAGAAGAGUCCGGGAAUUUGCAAGACGGUAAGCUAUCGGGCGGAGGCCCUGAAAGGAACAGGACUCGUCAAGGUAAGGAUCUUCUGGACUGGAUAGGUCUUGGAACAGGUCAGCAUGUUGAUCCCUACCUUGCGAGGAUCAAUCAGGCUUGUCUGAAUGGCGAUCUCGCCGAGUGCUUCAAAUCCCGAGCACUUGGCUCUUUCUCUGAGUUCUUCGAUCAGCCCGAAUACUCAUUCACCGAACAGGUAAAAUUCGUGAGGAUGGGGAGAGAUGUGGUCCAGGAGGUCGCUCGUCAACCGUACGAGUACUCGAGCUCCCCAAGGUCGGGUGAGUCUGAUUGGGAUCAGCUGGUGAAGUUUGCUGCACGAAAAGCCGAGAGGUUUGUUAAGACUGUUGCCAUCGAGGUGAAUAUACCAUCCUGGGUGACUGGAGAAAACGAGGUUUACGCUCCGAGAUUUUUGGAUGAAAUUGCUGAUGAGAUCGAUAUCCUUGAGAAUAAGAAAGAUACUCUCUUCUCUCGGAAGCGCCUGAAGAAGCUCUUGAUCCCGAUGUUAAUAAUCUUGAAGCUGUUCAAACUGAAACUCCUCCUGUUUCUGCCCCUGAUCCUGGGCCUGGCGUCGUUCAAAAAAUUCCUGGGCUUCAUGGCAAUCGUGAUACCAGGGCUCAUCGCAUUCUUCAAAUUUUGUAAGCCAAUAAUGAAUAAUUAUCAGCCGCCUGUUUACACGCAGAGUGGUCUGGCUUUCCCGCAUUACAAGGAAUCAAAUAAUCAAGGAUAUCCGGCAGAGCACUCGAGUUAUCAGGAUAACGGUUAUCACAAUAGUUACCAAAACGAUGGGGCCUCGUACGGCCAGGAUCUUGCUUAUCAGGGGUGGAAGCAUUAUCAGGAGUAAUAUUGAGGUUUUUGUAUGAAGCACUUGUCCUUUUGUACAUAUUUUUUGGAUUGCGAUAUUCGCUUAUUCAUGUUUUACCUCAGUACCCUGAAUUCAUGAUAAUUAUUUCUUGUAAGUAUUCAAGCCAGUGAUGUAAAUAGUUGUAAUUAAGCAGUAUUGUACUUUGUAUUUCUUAAUUUUAUAUAAUGUUGUUGAUGACUAAAUUAGAUUUUGUUAAAGAAUUUUAAAAUAAAGAAAUAAUUUCAACAAAUUUCUCAGCGUCCUGAUUUAAGAACGAGGAGAAUGAUUUUUUUUACUUCGAUGUUUUUUUAGAUUUUGAGAGUUCUGUUUUU